CCCUGGUAGCGGAAGUGACGUAGUGUGGGGCGUGUCCGGUCCUGCACAAUGGGCCAUGGAGUUCCCGUUCGAUGUGGAUGCGCUGUUCCCGGAGCGGAUCACCGUGCUGGACCAGCACCUGCGGCCUCCGGCCCGCCGACCCGGAACCACAACGCCGGCCCGUGUGGAUCUGCAGCAGCAAAUUAUGACUAUCGUAGAUGAGCUGGGCAAGGCUUCUGCCAAGGCGCAGCACCUCCCUGCACCCAUCACCAGCGCUUUGAGGAUGCAGAGCAAUCGCCACGUUAUUUAUGUACUAAAGGACACCUCUGCCCGACCGGCAGGGAAAGGAGCCAUUAUUGGUUUCCUGAAAGUCGGAUACAAGAAGCUCUUUGUACUGGAUGACCGGGAGGCUCACAAUGAGGUAGAACCGCUUUGCAUUCUGGACUUUUACAUCCACGAGUCAGUGCAACGGCAUGGCCAUGGGCGAGAACUUUUUCAGUACAUGUUGCAGAAAGAACGAGUGGAACCACACCAACUGGCCAUUGACCGGCCAUCCCCAAAGUUGCUCAAGUUCCUGAACAAGCACUACAACCUGGAGACCACUGUCCCCCAGGUGAACAACUUUGUGAUCUUUGAAGGCUUCUUCGCCCAUCAACACCGGCCCCCCACUCCCUCUCUGAGGGCAACUCGACACUCUCGUGCUGCUGUGGCCGAUGCCAUACCCGCUGCUCCAGCACGGAAGCUGCCACCAAAAAGAGCAGAGGGAGACAUUAAGCCAUACUCCUCCAGUGACAGAGAAUUCCUGAAGGUGGCUGUGGAGCCUCCUUGGCCCCUGAACAGGGCCCCUCGGCGUGCCACACCUCCAGCCCACCCACCUCCACGUUCUAGCAGCCUGGGCAACUCGCCGGAUCGGGGUCCCCUUCGGCCCUUUGUGCCAGAGCAGGAGCUGCUUCGCUCCCUGCGUCUCUGUCCCCCACAUCCCACUGCACGCCUUCUGCUGGCCACUGACCCUGGAGGCAGCCCAGCCCAGCGCAGACGCACCAGCUCCCUUCCCCGAUCUGAUGAGAGUCGAUACUGACAGGAAACCUGGGAGGGCAGAUACACUCCGUCCUACAACUUGCAACCCACGCUUCCAUCAAGAUUUUUUCUUCCUCUUUCUUGAACAACUGGGUUGCCAGGGUUCUAAAUAGCCUAAUACUUUGUAGCUUUUCUUACUACGGAAGACUCCCCUGUACUCCAACCUGCUAUGAAUACUCACCCACAGAUCACCCACAGACAGGCUGUUCUGUUCCAGAUCUCUUGGGCUAAACGACUCCUACUGACUCCCUAGAGAAGCACACUCUGCUUAUGGUCAGACCCCAGACCACCAGAGGGUCCAAGGGCCUCCUCUGCCGAUGGACCUUUAUGGAGUGUCUUGCCAAUGGAUUAAUUCCCUCCACAGUGCCCACUAGUAGCUCUAAUCCUGCAUUCUCCUGCCAAACAAACCUGCCCUUUUAGUCUGAUAACUCCAGCCCCUGAGCAAGCUCUGCUUCAGAGCAGUUCAUGCUGGUAGGACCAGGGUUCGGCUUCUCAACACCGUCCUCCCAAUAUUGCCAAACUCUUACUUUCCAAGUGUUAUUGUAGAUCUGUCAGACUAAUGUUUCUCUGGGGGGGGGUCUCUGCAGGAGACACACAGACUCCACCACUUUCUUCAGAUAAGCUGAGUCUGUCUCUUGGCAGUAGAUCCCAGCAAACACUCCAGGACCAUUUAGCUGUGUCUCUGAUAAGCCUGGUCCAUUAGAUCCUGCAAUCCCCCAUCCUCCCUGCCUCCCUAGUAAAUACACUUGUGAGAUUGUCUUGAGAUGAGAUGGGGUCACCCUUGUGCUGCCCCGCCUUCUUUUUCCUUCAUAGCAAGAGCCUCCUCCCCUGCAUCCAUGCCCAGGGUGUAGAAGGACCCUCUUCCCCCCUCCCUAAUCCUCCCGUUAGAUCAGGUGCCUCACUUUGUCCCCUGAAGUCCUUGGGAGCAGGCCCUCCCUCCUCCCUUACUCCUUCCUGAUUUCUUUUCCCUCUCAAUGUCGUCUCAAUAAAGUGUGGGUUCUUCUGUGUUUUCUAAAUUGACA